UAACUAAUGCGGGAAAUGGAAAAAAUGUCUUUCCUUUCCUCACUCUUUUCAGCUAAAAUAAUUUCACUUUGUGGAACUGAAAUGUCACUAUUUCAGGCUGUUCAAUUAACCCCUAGACGAUGGCUGAACCUGCAGGAAUACCAGAGUAAAAAACUGAUGGCAGACCAUGGGGUUACAGUUCAGAGAUUCUUUGUGGCUGACUCUGCAAAUGAUGCCCUGGAGGCUGCUAAGAGGCUAAAGGCAACAGAAAUUGUUCUAAAGGCUCAAAUCCUAGCUGGAGGUAGAGGAAAAGGUGUUUUCAAUAGUGGACUGAAAGGAGGAGUACAUCUAACUAAAGACCCUAAGGUUGUUGCGCAACUUGCUGAACAGAUGAUUGGGUACAAUCUUGCAACAAAGCAAACUCCAAAGGACGGCGUUAAAGUUAAGAAAGUGAUGGUUGCAGAAGCAUUAAAUAUAUCGAGGGAAACUUACUUUGCAAUUUUGAUGGACAGAGCUUGUAAUGGACCUGUGAUGGUUGGCAGCCCCCAGGGGGGAGUUGACAUAGAAGAAGUGGCAGCUACAAGCCCGGAACUUAUUUUUAAGGAGGAAAUAGAUAUUUUUGAAGGUGUCAAGGACAACCAAGCAUUGCAGAUGGCAGAAAAUUUAGGAUUCAAAGGACCUUUGCAACAGCAGGCAGCUGAUCAAAUUAAGAAGCUGUAUAAUCUUUUCCUGAAAAUUGAUGCCACGCAGAUUGAAGUGAAUCCGUUUGGUGAAACUCCAGAAGGUCAAGUUGUUUGCUUUGAUGCCAAGAUAAACUUUGAUGACAAUGCCGAGUUCAGGCAAAAAGAGAUAUUUGCCAUGGAUGACAAAUCUGAGAACGAGCCAAUAGAAAAUGAAGCUGCCAAAUAUGACUUAAAGUACAUAGGACUGGAUGGAAACAUUGCUUGCUUUGUGAAUGGAGCUGGUCUUGCUAUGGCAACUUGUGAUAUAAUUUCCCUUAAUGGUGGAAGGCCGGCCAACUUCCUGGAUCUUGGUGGAGGUGUGAAGGAAGCACAAGUCUACCAGGCUUUCAAAUUGCUCACUGCUGAUCCAAAGGUUGAAGCAAUACUGGUCAACAUUUUUGGUGGGAUUGUGAACUGCGCCAUUGUAGCAAAUGGCAUUACCAAAGCUUGCCGAGAGCUCGAACUGAAGGUACCUCUAGUAGUCAGACUUGAAGGAACGAAUGUUCAUGAGGCCCAGCGCAUUCUGAAUGAAAGUGGGUUACCAAUCACCUCUGCAAGGGACCUUGAGGAUGCCGCAAAGAAAGCAGUGGCUAGUGUGGAAAACAAAUGACACUUUGAAGAUAUUUGCCUGCAGUGUCUGAUAUUCACAAAAGUGAUAUUCACAUUCUUGUUUCAGAGGAAAUUGUUAGGGUUCCUGAAAGCGGUCAUCAGUACUGCUGAACUCGCCUAUCUGACGUAUAGACAGGGCACCAAAAUCAGUGACUUCUCAAUUAGCGAAUUUCUGGAUUAAGACAUAUGUUAAUUAGCAUUUAAUUCCACAAAUUUCCUGGGUUUUUUUUUUCCAAAGUAAUGUAGCUGAUGGAUUUGUGAACAAUGCAUAGUCAAUCAUUACUGAUGCCUAGCUAUAAGGUUUUUCCCUAAUCCAACAAAUACUUUUUGCUAUUUUGAGGGGGGGUUAGGGGUUGGAAAAACAUUUCAGGUCAUUUUUCAUGUCCUAAAGUCAGCUGGCAAAAGUAAAGCCUAAUCAUUGAUUGAUGUAUUUUGAUAAAUAACCAAAAAAAAUCUCUUUGCUUACAAUAAAUAUACUUUUCCAGAAGUAUAGGGUUUGUUUUCUUAAAUAAUUUCUGCUUGUUACACACUCCAUGCCUUAAAAUGAUAGCUUUGUAUUCAAAUACAAAAAGUAUACCUCACAUUAGGAGAAAAAAUGAAUAUAUUAUUUGUGAUAUUGAAAGGACCUUCCAUUCUUUAUACUGUAUCAGCAAAAAGAUAAAAUGUGAUUCAGUUGAUUGGGUUAGCCAUUGGAGGUGAAAUUGAGUACAGUACUUCCAAAUGUAACAGUGCCAUUAAGUAUCCAUUGGUGUAUGUGUAUGCAGUUAAUCUAAAUGGCUGCCAACUUUUCAAAAUAAACUCCUUAAAUAAGAGGUGUUGCAAUUAUUCAUAAUGUAUAAAUCAACAGCAGCACUAUGUGCGUAAUAAAAAAAUUCUCAAAAUAGUCAUUUUAUUUCCAAAAUGAAAAUUGAUUUGCUAGGAAUCAAUGCACAAAAACCUCUAUGUUCUUUUUUCCAAGCAUAUGAAUGUUCAAGCUUUCGCAAUGCAAAUACGUGAGACAAGCAAAUUCUAGGUCGCAGAACUCAAAUUUCCACUAAAAAUCCUAUUUUGAUUGUAUGGUCAUGUGUAUUGUUCUAAUAAUUCAACCUGCUGAAUGAUUAGUAUAAAUAAUCAGUCUGGGAACAAAAUACCAUACCAAGUGGCUAGAGUAACUAGCCAUUGCUGUGCACAGUGCAGACCACAAAGUGUUUGCUGAAAUUUGUGAAUAAUUUUGAGUAAUGUACAAAUGACAGAAUGUCCUGAUCUGUGUCUGAAUAAUUUGUAAAUGGGGGACGAGACAAAAUUGUUUAAUAAAUUAUUCAUUGUGAUUUAUUUGCUCUACUCUAA